ACCAUGGUACCAGCAGUACCUACGGUAAGCGGCGCCUCGUUCGAUUGUUGGCAGCCCCACACACACAAGAUGCUGCGGCUGUCGUGCGCGCUGGUCGUCGUCGCGUCGGUGGGCGCGGCGCCGCCGAUCCCGGGGUCCACGAAGGCGACUUGGUUGAUGGACAUUUUGCGGAGAGUCGCAUCGUCGAAUGCGGGCUCGCGGUCGCCAAGAGCAUGGGCGGCGCCAGCUACCGCACGACGCCGGCGCUCCAGACCGAGUGGGCGCGACGCCUGGACUUUGACGAGGCCGACUUCGAGGCGAUCACGCGUGUCGGCGGCGCGGGCGCAUGCUGUGGUCCGUCGCGACGCUCCGAUCGCACGUCGAGCGCAACGCCUGGGUCCAGGCGCAGCGCCGCGCGCACCCCUAUCUGCGCGUGCUGAACGCGACGUCAAAGGCUCGCCCGCUAGCGGACAUGGUCCGGCACUACGACGCGCUCGGCCUCCGGUGCGAGUGGCGGCUGAGCUACGGCCAGAUCGCGUGGUUCCUCACGUACCUUCGGUUCCUGGUCCAAGUCCUGGUGGCCGACGCCGACUACGGCAUGCUGCUCAACGACGACGUUCGCGGACUGUGUGGAAAUCAACCGGUGUGUCGGGUGCACCCGAUCAUUCUUCACUCUAAGUCAUUUCUCGGCGACGACGCGGCCGUGCUGGUGUCGCGUCGAUGGCGUGGAGGAAACAACGCGCCGUGAAAUUUAGAUUACUACACAGGUAGAAAUCGGCGACGAUUUUGGCCGGGCGCUCGAGGCGCUCGUGCUCCGGCUCGAGCGGCCCGAGCACGCAGCGCGGAAGUACGCGUCUUAUCGCCUCGGCAGAAACGACGCGGGUCUCAUCAUACCGCGCGCGGCGGCGGCGCGCAUCCUUGGCAUCGCCUGCGACGAGACGCUCAUCACGCUGCAGACGGACCAGUGGCAGGUCUCCAAGGAGCUCCAGUCUCACGGCUCCUGUCGCUUCACGUACAACGGGACGCCCUUCGAGGGCCUCGUGACCCGCGGUGAGAUCAACACGCACACGUCGAUCCAAUCCUGGGGCAGCGACAUCUCGGCGCGCGACGAGCGAACCUUCUUUUCCGGCGUCGCCGCAGCCGCCGGCCGCGCGACACCGCCGGGCUCGUUUUGCGCCUCGCUCCGUGCCGUCUGGGAUCCGAGCCUCCUGCGCGUCGAUUACGUACCGGGGUUUGCCUGGGACGGUCUCGGCUCCGAGGCCGCCCGCACCGUACCCAAGGUGAGUAUCGCCAGCUGAGUUUAGUAGUAUUUAAAUUUAGCUCCAACUCGGUGCGUUGGCGAGAUGACUACUAGUAGGGAGAUCCGAGAUCCCGGCCCGAAACCAAGCUCGAAUCACUUCAAAAAUUCCCGGCGAGGGCGGAUGUGACCUGGCAUCUCCAAGGCUCUCGCCACCGUGUCAGUGACCAAUCAGAUUCCUCGGCAUUUCAACGCCGGCGCGACGCAAAAUGCAUCGGGUCAGCCCAUAGUACUCAAUGGGCCGCCGAGAUGGUCGCCGUGCCCCGGCUGCCCGGCUGCACCGCGGAACUCGUUGGGGCCCACACUUGCCAGUGGGCAGUCGAGCCGGUCUACUAGUAGGGCCUGAUUCUUCUCGGUGUAGAUCCUGUUAGUAGCAGCUU